AUGCUUUCCACAGACCAGUGUCAGCAAGAGUAUCCCAAUCUAUAUCAUGAACUCGUUCGAGCCAGCUCAUUCUGGCAGGACCGCAACCACAAGAUUGGCUUCGAGGAUGUAGAUCUCAGCUGGCGUUCAUCGGGCGCCCUCAAAAUACUAAUCAUGGAUAAUGAACUCCGUAUCCUUGAAACAUGCAACACGUUCCGAGAUGAUGCAUAUCGGCCGCGAACACUCGCCACUCUCAGCCAGAUUCAGCAUGCGUUGUGGGCAGCAACUGCACGUGGUGAACGCUUGCCUAAUGUCGAGGCGGCCAUUGUUCUGGAUGACAUUUCUUUUAUUCCCCAAGAUACGAAUCACACUGUUUGGACUCUGGCCUCUCGGAUCAAUGAUUCUGCACAUGAGCGACAUUGGCUUAUCCCAGACUUCAACCUGCAUAGUUCGACCCUUCCUGCGGGUGCUUUUACAGACAUUCAGCGACGUGCUGCUGCUGCGGAUGCUCCAAUCACAGAUAAGAGGCAACAGGCCGUUUGGCGAGGCGUGACGUGGAGCAAUGAGCCCAUCCGUAAAUCUCUUCUUGCCGCGACCAACGAUCAAACCUGGGCUGAUACCGCUGUCGUCGAUGACGAUUCGAAGGACGAUCAACUCAGCAUCGAGGAGCUCUGCCGCUACGCUGCUAUCCUGCAUACUGAAGGCCGAAGCUACUCAAGCCGUCUCACAUUCCUGCUCAACUGUGGCAGUCUGCCCGUCAUUCAUGAUCUUGAAUGGCGUACCCACUACACCCAUCUCCUGACCGCCGAUGGUCCGCAGCAGAACUACGUCGCGGUACGCCGCGACUGGUCUGACCUUUCGGAAACUGUGCAGUGGUACCUCGCGCGACCACAGGAUGCCCAACGUGUUGCUGAUGAGUCAGUACGUAUCUUCCGCGAGCGAUAUCUAGCUCCGACAGCGACUUCAUGCUACUGGCGCCGCCUCAUUUCAGUUUACGGCGAGAACUCAUUCGAGCCGGCUGUCUACGAACCGGCCUACCCCGGUAGCACGGAAAUGCGCAUGCGUGGCAUUCCAUUCGAGGAGUUCAUCCAUUUGAAGGCUGACUACCGACCAUGA